AACGAACCGAAGGUUGUUCGCCAUCGCAGUUUUUUCGUCGUUGUUGGCAGUGAACGGAACGAAGUGUCGUCGUAUAGAUCGCUCGCUCGCUGGCUGAAAAUAGUGAACCAAAGUAUGAGUUUUCGAAAUAUGUUCGAAUAAAAAGUGAAUAAGUGUGUGACUGUCAUCCGGCAAGAUGGUUGAUGACGUGAGAAAUAUUACCGAAACCGCUGAAAGUAAAGAGGCCAUAGACCGUGCCCGGCUGGCGCGCGAGCGGCGCGAGGCGGAGCAGCGCAAGCGGCUGGACGAGCUGCGCGCGCACGCGGCCGCGGCGCAGGCGCAGCGCGAAAAGCGCGAUGAGGAUCGCCGUAAGCGCCAGGCCGAGCAGCGCGCGCGCGACGACGACCGCAGACUGCAGGUGGAGGAACGCAAACGCGCGAUAUGGGAGGCGUCGAUAUCGCGCCGCGAGGCGUUGCUGCAACGCGAACGCGACCGCGCAGAGAGACUGGAGCGCGCGCGCGCCGCACGCUCGUCGCCGCGGCCCGCGUUCGCGUUUGGUUCGUCCACGCCGCGGCUGCUAGACCCGCUCGACUCGGCCGGCUUCUUCUGGGCCGCGCGCAGUACCAACCCCAUAGAUCAGAUGAACUAUUUUGAUUCACUGGCCGCAUCAACGACAAAUGUGAUGUUCGCCUCUGCGCCACUCACUAGACGCGCCUCUGCACUACAGUUGGACUCUUCGGACACUGACAACAAAGACGAACCGGACCGGCAACCGCCGCCCGCGUGGACGUCGGUGGCGCGGCGCCGCACCGACCUGGUGCCGACGGUGCCGCUGGGCCGCGCACCAGAGCCGCGGUCCGGCGAGACGACUCCAGGUUCGAGGCCGGGCAGUGCACUGUCGACGGCUGCGGGCGCGGCCACUGGCGUGGUGCGGCGGCCGAACUCCGCGCCAAGGAAACCGCGACCGGCAUCCAUCGCAGGCACGGGUGUGAACACGCCGCGAGCGGGCGUGUGCGAGGGCGGCGUCGCCGUGACGGGCGCCAGCGGGGCCAGCAGCGCCGCCACCACGCCGUGCAUGUCGCGCGACGGCUCGGUGGGCGCGGCGGGCCCGAGCGGGGACGCGCCGCCGCGCCGCGCCUCCGCGCCGCGCCGCCCGCGCCCGCUCUCACUGCACGCGCACUCGCCUAAACCUGCUACUCCAGCAAUGCCGGGAGACGGUAAACCGCCAGUACACAGAAAGCCAAAGCCCAAAGAACAUGAUAAGACUCCGCGCGGCAAGUCUCUGUCGGCGUCGCCGGGCCGCACGCUGUCGCCGUCGCCCGCCGCCUCCAAAGAGCCGAGCCAGGACAAGGACGUGCCGCAUAAGUCGUCGGUGGUGUCGGAGCAGAGCCAGGUGAGCGCGGCGGAGGUGACGCAGAAGCUGCAGGCGCUGCAGGUCACCGAGCGGGAACUCGACACGGAACAGACAAUCGAGAACAAUGAGUCGGUGGAAAUGAAAGAUGAAACGAAAGUCGAACAAGUGGAGAAGGUGAUCGAACAGAAGGUAGAAGUACAGAAGCCUGUCGAGAAGAAGGAGGUGAAGGAAGAGAAGAGGGAAGAAAAGGAGCCCUCGCAGGAGAAGACUGAUGACAAUGAAAUGACUGCGUCGAUGUCAGCGCGGCGCAUCACGACGGAGGAGCAGGCCAAGGCCGCGCUGGCCGAGCGUCGCCGCCGCGCGCGCGAGGAGCUCGAGCGCCAGGCCGAGCUCGAGCGGCAGAGACUGCAGCGCGAAGCGGAAGAGGAAGCGGAGAGACAGCGGCUGGAGGAGGAGAGACAGCGGCGCGAAGAGGAGGAGGCGCGUGAGCUGGCACAGUUGCAGCGACGCAUGGACGAGGAAAAGCUCAGAAAAGCCAUUGAGGCACAACAACAACUCGAGCGCGAAGAAGCGGAGCGUAAACUGCGCGAAGAAGCGGAGAAGCAAGCGAGGCUGCGCGAGGAGGAGGAGAAGCGUAAGGCCGCGGAGGAGGCGGAGAAGCUUCGCAGGGAGGAGGCCGAGAAGGAGGAGAAGGAACGCCUGCUGCGGAAACAACGCGUCGAGGCGAUCAUGGCGCGGACUAGGCUUAGGAAGCAAGCAGAAGAACAGAAGCAGCAAGACAAGCCGGCCGCCCCCGCUCCCGCCCCUGCCGCGGCCCCUCCCCCCGCGCAGGAGGCCCCCGCCACCACCCCCGCCCCCGCAGCAGCUUCUGAAGCUACUCCUUCAGUUCCCGCGCCAGUAGCUGCGCCAGCUCCAGAACCCACUCCCGCGGUCUCCGAGCCCGCGCCCGUAGUUCCUGAAGCGACUACCGUCCCAACGGAAACAGUUCCUGCAGUAGAGUCCGUCCAGGAGUCAGCGCCAGUGCCAGCCGUCCAGGAAUCAGCCGCGCAGGACAACGGCAACAUCGCCACUGGGGAUCUGUUGGGAUUCAACACUAGUCAGGUGGAAGUAACGCAAGUGGCGCAAGAGUCUGUAACGAGUUCAACAGUUUUGAACCCGACGCCGAACAACGGCAACCUCACCGCCGACCUACUAGGCCUGUCCGAACAAAAUAACACUGAGGACAACACACACGAACAGCAGGUGACGACAAAAACGAUCGACAACGCGCCGGCCAGCGCACCACCAACAACCAACAACGGAAACGCGCACCCAACCAACAUUGGACACAUCUCCGCCAACUUCCUGCAAACGGAGCGCGCCGCCAACGAGAGCCAAACCAAAAUGGCGGACGUGAAACUACUCGACGACGACUUCACAACGCACAACGGCCACGGCACGCAUUCCCAUCCGCUAACGCUGCAGAAUGCUAUAUAAAUCUGCGCGUGCAGUCGGUUUUUCAUUGCGUAUAUAUUGGCUGCGUUGGUCGAACGUUUGGUCCAAUGUUGGACGCGGUUUGCGAUGCGGUUCCGUAUUUCUUGCGCUUGAAUGCACUUCAUGUAAAUAAGGUUUAAAUUUCAAUCAACUUGAUGUUACUUGAUAUCUCUUUGGGCGACUUGAUGUUUCCAAUGUACUGUGCUACAUUUAUGAUUUCAAUUGAACACUUCCUAAUUAUUUUUCCAAUAAACUUUCUACUUAUUCCAAAUAUUUAUAAUUGCAACGUAAUGCCAACUAAGGCGUAUCUUCAAUAAAAACGGGAGUAAGGCCACAAUUUAGGCACAGGGUCAUGAGACCAAAAACCAUAGAGCUUGAGCGCAGUACAAAUAAAUUCAUAGACAAAAAUAUAAAAAAAAAAUCUAACCCUAUAGUCCUUCAGUAUUGCACUAGCAAAUGUAUAUUUAAAAAUGGUGCCUUUAUAAAUUAUUUUUGUAUUUUUGCUUUUUGUGCUAUUUCAUUAGAUUUUUUUUCUGUUAAAAAUUAACUAUCAAUAGAUUGUUAGGUGUUAGCUUUUGUAUGCAUAACAGCAAAUGUAGUUUUUAAUUUAGGAAGCUAAAGCAAAAAUCUUUUUAUAUAAAUUUGGCAAUCAAAACCUAGAUAGGGCCUAUGAAAUUUGAAACGAGACAAUUAGUACCAUCAAAAUGUAUUAAAAGCAUUACACGCACUUUGAUUUUUGAAGUGAGAAACAUCCAAAUAUUGUAUAUACUACACUGCUUUGAACAAAUCACGCAAAAUCACGCGUUAAACACAAAUCACACGAAACGGAACGUUAAAUUCAAAAUGGCGGCCAUCGACAAUCAGCCAGUAUACAUGCAUUGAAAAUGUUUCCGCGAGUACUCUAUGGUUCGGAAUGUCUACGGCAUAGACGGGUCCGAGCGGGUUAAAUAAGAUUAAUUUAAUGCAUUUAUCAUCAAAUUGUUCUACACUGUAUAAGCGAGUGUACGCAUUGAGUUACAGAUGUAUGAUGAUCAUAUUUGAACGUAAAUAUACGUUAACACAUGAUAGUCUGUAGUCUAUGGGCCUUUGUACACGUGUUAUGAGCGUAUCCAGGCGUAUAUUCAAAUCUUUGAUUUACGAUGGUGAUGCUUUUUAAACUCCGACGCGAAGUCGUUUCAGCCCUCUUAGAAUGACUCAAAAAAGCGAUCGUAAGUCGAUGUUUAAUUUUAAUGUUUGUGAUUGGUCGAGAGUCCAACGCGUCAGUUACGUGCUAGUCUAUCAACCAAUCACAUUAAAACGACACGGAGUCGUGUGUUGUUUUUUUGAGAUAUUCUAAGCACACUGAAUCGUCUUGUCAUUUGGAUAGUAGAAUAUGCUUUCGCCCACGAUGCAUUUGUGCAAUAACACGUGUGCGAAAGGUAAAUCGGCUGUAAAACGAUGCGAGUUUCCAUUACGGGAUGAAUCAGUAAUCCAUUUAUAGUUGUGUUUGGAUGUCGUGGGUAAAUUGCCCAAAGACUUCAGCGGGUAAUGUGUGGGCAUCAUUAUUUAUAGUUGAAAGGUGUAACACGUUUUCAACUAUAAUGCAAGGUUUAGACUAGCAAGUUCUUGCAGGAAUAUAUUUCCCAAAACUUCCAAACACGAGUUCUCGCAAGUCGUGAAAACUUCCUAGCCGCAAGUCUAAAUUUGCAGAAGCCAACUUAUCUUCGUUUUAUACACGAUAAAAUUGCUCCUGGAAGUCGACUUUGCAAGUCAAUUGUUAAUCUAAACCCUCGCUAAAAGCUUUGGCUGUACAUUCGUGCCGAGUCGAGAGGCGAAAUGGUGAAUAAAUAUGGUCGUUGCUGACAAAAUCUAUGCUUCUGUUUCGGUAAAUACAUAUGUCAUAACAACUGCGAUUUCAGCAGAAUCUUCGGUCCUAACUCUGCAUGGAUGUGGCACUAAAGUUUAAAGAAGAUUAAUUGAGCCUACGAUCAUUAGAAAAGUGUUGAAACAUCAUGAAAUACGGUUAAUUCAUUUAGUUUGUAAGAGCAGUGCGGUUCGGUUGUGAGAGUUGGCCAUGAUCGUUGUGAAAUCACGCCAUUGUUAAAUACAAUAAUAAAAUAUUCUUGCAAAAGGGUACUAGGAUAUCAUGAAAAGAGGGUAGUUGUCAAAAAUAAUUCAUUUAAAAAUACCCAUAAAUAAUCAUCGGGACAUAGAACCAUCAAAAUACGUUACGUCUUCAGACGAUAAUCUAUCAUUCUUGAUCGUUCAUCUCUUCCAUUAUUGAAUUAAGUGUUCGAUAAUUUCAAGGAAAAAAUAAGGUAUACUUUAGCUAACUAAAAACAAUGGCGUCGAUUCCACACGAUCUACGAUUUGUUGCUGCGUUGAAGUUACGCAGUGUGUACAUUAAUGUAAUGUAAAUUAUAAUUUAUUGUGUUGUUAUUAAAAUAACGGAUAAUUUACGGCUGAAAUUGCGCAGAUUCGGAUUGUGUACGACGGAAUAUUACGUCUUCAUUGCGAUUGAACAUAAUUUUUCUUUUCGAACCUGUCUAGGGAAAAAAUAGUUUGCUAUUUUAAAGUGUGCAAUUUAACAUAAUAGUUAUGCCUAGUUAUGGCUGUUCGUGAUAAAAGUGUUUUUUUACAAUCGUCUCUUUGGGAAUGUCAAAAAGGGCGUUUCUUUGUAAAUAACAGUGAAAAUUAAAUGAAAUGUAAGAUCCAAAUACCGAAAAAGGGUUUGUUUGAAAUACAGCAAAUGUAAGGGUCUGUAAUGUCUUACUUCAAGUACGAAAAUACACCGUGACAUGCAAUUUAUAUGAGAAUUGUUGCUAAUUAUAAUAUUUUGUCUCGAUUACCGAUAUAUCGAAACUUUAAUAUACUGAGGAAUACUAAGCAAUGGUUGAUUCACCAUGCUGUGACGUCACGGAAUACAGAUCCAAGUGAAAAAUGUCGAAACGAAAUGAGAAUGAAAUAGUGAUAAACGAAUAGAUGAGUUUCCUUUAUAUUGUGAGCAGAUUUAAUUAUAAUAGUUAGCCACAAGGGGAAUAAUAUUAUCUGAUAUAGUCGCUUUUGUGGGGCCAAACUGCCCUGCGCUUAGAACAUCCAGUUCGCAAUGUAGAACUUAUUCGAUUACUUUUAAAUAUCGUACCAUAGACAAACUAGAGAGAACAAAGAGUAUUCACGCUCUAUAUUUUGAUGCAUUGUCUGUGGUGCGAUGUAUAAAAACAUAAUGCUAUGCUUAAACAAAUAAUAAACGAGAAUAAUUUAUUUAACGACAUGCAUAAACAAUUUUUUUUUGUAUAAUGUAAUUGUAAUAAGUAGAUAGCGUUGAAAAAAAUAAUUUUAUUAAUUAUCAUAUUCACUUUAAUAUAACUCCAUAUUAUAUUUUGUUUUUUUUCGUAUCUUCCGUAUGCAGAACUGUGAGGCGAAGGUAAUGCCGCAUACGUUUUUUGAUUCCAUAAUUGUGGAUUUUUUUCUAUGUUUAAUCUUUAACCAAUUUUUAGUUGUUGUAACUAAUUAUCGUGGUGAUAAGCGAACGUUUACUGCUUGUGAACACAUCGUGGGAACCUCGGUUCCUUAUUGUAUAUUCCAUAUACUUCACAUUAUAAAUAGUAGUUUUUUCAAUUGCGUUAAAUUUUGAACAAGUUGAAUAUGAUAAUUUAUACAAACUGUGCAACGUUGUGCCUUUAUUAUUGGCACAAAAUCAUACAAUAUUAGACGAAUGAAAUUACGUCACAUAAAGCCAAGGACAUUAUUUUUCUAGUGAGUCAUGAGUCCAGAGUCAAAGGAGGCUAACAACACUACUUAAAAAAAAUGAUUUAACUUGUUCAAAGUUUGGCGAGCGGCGAUGAUGAUCGCUGGUUGAUGUCAAAUUUGACAGAUGUCAAAUAUGACAGCCACCAGCGAUCGUGGACGCUGCAAACCUUAUGUCUAACGAUUUUUGCUUGUAGGUAACAAUUUACGAUUUUUUAUGUUUUUAUUUUCUUUGCUAAUACACCAUUUUUCACCAUUCGAAAAAUGAAUCAUGUAGUUGACUAUACGAAACGGCCCUAUUUUUUUUCUUAUGACAUUAUUUAAUGUUGGAUGUUGCGCCGUCAGUCGAUAAUAACCUUUUCAACAGCAGUAAUAGCGAUGAAAUUCCAUUGUUUGCCUUUUUAGCAGCAUAAAUAUUAAUCAAUUUAAAAUAUAUGGAACCGCGACUAUUAUCGACUGUACGACGUGCGAUGAGUGAAUGAAUUUGGUACAACUGUAGUAUUUAUUACAACACUAUUGUGACGGGCCGCCAAUUGCGUUGCUAUAUUUAUUGUAAAAAAUUAGGAACUUUUUUUUCAAUGACAAGUUUAAUUUAAUUAUAAUUGAAAUAAUUGUAGGACAUUUAUCAAAUAUACUAUCUUUGUUUCAUAUUACAGUUAUUAAAAUAUCAAUAAAUUUUUUGCAAAUAAACUUGCAAGUUAUAAUGAAAGACGGCGGCCUGUCGAAGAGUGCGCCUGCGCAUCUAGCGUGUGUGUGUGUGCGUGUGUACGAGUCAUCAGGCCACACAUCAGUACGGUUGUUAGCUGGCAUAAUCCAUAAACAAAUUGUAUGUAAUGUAUUUAUGUAUAUCACAUUGAGACAUGGCUUCUAUGUACGUUCUAUUAUUAUGUUAGCGAUCGAUGGAUUUAUAAGGAGAAGUUUUAAUAAAAAAAUAUAUGAAUUUCACGUU